AUAUUUUUAACCAAGCAGGGAAUGACAUAUGUCACCGCCGUAUUAGAAAUGUCGUUUUUGUCACAUUCCCAAGUUCUUUAAAAUUAAAUAUUAUAAAAAAAGCAAACUAAUAAAAUAAUAGAAGAAAAAGAGGAGAAAAAGAGGAGAGAUUGACUGAUAAGUGUUGACUACUUACUACCUUCACUUCACUUCACUCACAACCUUCCUUCUUCAGAGCUUUUCUAGGGCUUCUCUUCAAUGGCGACUCUCUCCCCACUCCUCCUCUCCAUCCUCCUCCUCUCUCUCCCCCUUCCCUCUCUCCAAGACCUCUCCGCCGACAAAUCCGCCCUCCUCUCCCUCCGCUCCGCCCUCGGCGGCCGCACAUUCCUCUGGAACGCCCAACACCCCACGCCAUGCAACUGGACCGGCGUCUCCUGUUCCGCCGGCCGCGUAACCGCCCUCCGCCUCCCCGGCGUCGCGCUCUCCGGCCAGAUACCCGAGGGUAUUUUCGGUAACUUAACCCAGCUCCGCACUCUCAGCCUCCGUCUCAAUACCCUGACCGGAACGCUCCCUCUGGAUCUAGGCAGCUGCUCCGACCUCCGGAGGCUGUACCUCCAGGGGAACGGAUUCUCCGGGGAGAUACCGGAGGUCUUGUUCAGCCUCAGCAACCUCGUGAGGCUGAAUCUCGGAGGUAACGGUUUUUCAGGAGAGAUCUCUUCCGGGUUUAAGAACCUCACGAGGCUCAAGACUCUCUACUUAGAGAACAACAAGCUCUCUGGGCCUUUACUGGAUAUGGGCCUUGAUUUGGAUCAGUUUAACGUCUCUAACAACUUGUUGAACGGAUCUAUACCGAAGAGUCUUCAGAGAUUCGACUCUGAUUCGUUUGUUGGGACUUCACUCUGUGGGAAACCGCUUGAUGUUUGUUCGAAUGAAGGAACUGUGCCGAGUCAGCCUAUUUCUGUCGGGAACAUUCCUGGUACUGAUGAGGAGAAGAGAGAGAAGGGGAAGCUUUCCGGUGGAGUGAUAGCUGGGAUAGUGAUUGGUUGCGUGGUUGCGUUCUUCGUGGUUGUUAUGGUUCUGAUGGCUCUCUUUGGGAAGAAGGGGACGAGGGACGUCGUCGACGACGUUGGAAGAACCAUCAAGCAGCUUGAUGUAGAAACUCCCGGGGAGAAAGCGGCGGAAGCGGCGACGGAGAGUGGAUACGAGGCGGCGGUGGCGGGAAGCAGCGCGGAGGUGAACGGAUCGGGGACGACGAGGAAGUUAGUGUUCUUUGGGAACGCGACGAAGGUUUUCGAGCUGGAGGAUCUGUUGAGAGCUUCUGCGGAGGUUCUGGGGAAGGGGACGUUCGGGACGGCGUAUAAGGCGGUGCUUGACGCGGCGACGCUUGUGGCUGUGAAGAGGCUGAAGGAUGUGACGAUGUCGGAUAGAGAGUUUAAGGAGAAGAUUGAGGUUGUUGGGGCGAUGGAUCAUGAGAACUUGGUGCCGUUGAGGGCUUAUUAUUACAGUGGAGACGAGAAGCUGCUUGUGUAUGACUUCAUGCCUAUGGGAAGCUUGUCUGCUCUCUUACACGGAAACAAAGGCGCAGGACGGAGUCCACUAGACUGGGAAGUCAGGUCACGUAUCGCUCUUGGAGCAGCUCGUGGACUAGACUAUCUACACUCGCAAGACCCGUUGAGCUCUCAUGGGAACGUCAAGUCUUCCAACAUCCUCUUAACGAACUCCCACGAUGCGCGAGUCUCUGACUUCGGUUUGGCUCAGCUCGUCGGCUCUUCGACCACAACCCCAAACCGUCCUACCACCGGGUACCGUGCCCCGGAAGUAACUGAUGCGAGGCGUGUCUCGCAGAAGGCGGACGUGUACAGCUUUGGUGUGGUGCUGCUAGAGCUGCUCACGGGGAAAGCGCCGUCUAACUCGGUGAUGAAUGAGGAAGGGAUGGAUUUGGCGAGGUGGGUGCAUUCGGUGGGGAGAGAGGCGUGGAGGAGUGAGGUUUUCGACUCGGAGCUGAUGAGUUUGGAGACGGUGGUGGAAGGAGAGAUGGAGGAGAUGCUGCAGCUGGGGAUUGAGUGUACGGAGCAGCACCCUGACAAGAGGCCAGUGAUGGUGGAGGUGGUGAGGAGGAUCCAGGAGUUGCGCCAAUCGGGCACGGAUCAGGUGGGAUAGACCAAUGGAUGCAGAGAGGCUGGAGAGGUUCACUAGUUGGAAUGAUGGUUUGAAACGUCGUCGUUUUCGGUGUUUGCUAGUGUAUUCUCUCUCCAGUGGUAGUUAAGAAUAUGGAGGGGGAUUAGAGUUGGCGUUAAUUAGUGUUUUUUUUUUGUUAAUUUUGGUUUUCCAUCUUUUCUUUUCAUGUGUGUGGACUUGGGCACUGAUGAUGAUGAGUUCGUUGAGGUUGUAAUUAUUAGUGCUUUUAACUUUAACUUUAUUUCAGUAUUGUUUCAGCUU